AUCGAACAGACUAGAAAUGAUGCUGUUGGGCUUACUUUUAAUGUUAUCAUACUGUUUCCAUUCCAGUUCCUCAAUAGUCACCCCCAACGGUAAUGACAAAGAUCUAAGAAAUGAAUGCGACGCCAACGCUCCGAUGGUGGUUCCAAACUUCAAGGCCAAUUGGUUCAAGGCAACCGAGUACUGCCACUAUUUGGGACGCAACCUGGUAAUUGUCACCUCAGCAGAAAAGCAGGAAGCGAUCACCAAAGUGCUGAAAGAGACGGACAAGUUCGGAAAUAACUCUUUCUGGAUCGGUGGUAGCGAUUUGGCUGAAUUGGGAAAUUUCCACUGGCAUUCGACUGGCACUCGAAUCGUUUGGAACAACUGGAGCGAAUUGUUGCCACUGCCAACGUCUGAUGACGCCCGGAACGACGAUCGGUGUGUGCUACUGGGCAACCAGACCGAACUGGGUGGUUUCAAGUGGGCGACAGACCUGUACCACGAUGUGAAGCUUGGUGUGAAUGCAUGUACUGCUUUCAUAUUUUUUGCAGUGGGUCGCAAGAGAAAAGAGAGAAUGCCAGCAACUGUCAAACGGCCACCAAAAUGA